AUGCGCACGGCGUUAGAAGUCUGCGGCGAGUUCUUAAGCCACAUUGGCGCAUUGGAAGAGGCCAACGCCAUAGCCGAGAUUUUGCACAAAAUUGGCGUGGAAUUGUCCGAUACAAGUCCGUUCCGUUGGAGAACGUUAUUAGCUGCUAUUGAUAAAGAACUGGAUGAUGAGCCAAUGGACUUCGUAUUUCUAUUUGAACGGAUACUACAGCUGGAUGCUAUAAUGCCCUUGGACACCAGUCGCGCUCUGUUUGAGUCGCCAUUGUUUUUUCAUCUAUUGGUGGAGAGAUUUGCAGUGGCUUUUGAGGGUCUGGAUGCAGAGUUAUUCAAGCUGGAAAGUGACGAGAUGUGUCAUGCCGAAGGCAUUUACGAGACAAGCGAGGACGGCUCGGCGUUAACGACAUUCCUUGAGACUUUUAAGAAGAUCUUUGAGCUGGACGAGCCAAAGGAUUGCUGGGAUGCUUUUUACGAAUUUCAUCGUCUUGACGGUUCUGCUUUUCGGCGUAACAUGAAGCGUGCAUUGUGCAUGAUCGAAUCCGUCACACUUGGCCCCACGAAACUAGAGCUUGCUUUCCCAACGCAAGCAGCUGAUGGCCCAGAAAUGGUUGUGCCGCGCGCUUUACUAGAAAAGAGAUUUAAGGUACCUCGUAUUCUUGCUAAGCCACCUGAAGUUCAGGACUGGGUUUGGUCGAUGCGUGUCUCGUUUCCUCUGAAGCGCGAACCGACAGAGUCUGUGCACUCUAGCAUUUCGAAAGAAGAUCCGAGACCAGAGCAGCCAGUAUCAUCGAGACCACCUCGUGCUGCAGAAGUUGCAAGGAGAACUCGUCAAGAAGGUCGUCACGCUGCUCCUCGUACCAGGGUGCCAAUCGAAGAUGGUGAGCCUCGCUCGAUCGGUCGUCCUUCUAGCCGACGCAAACGAGUACGAUGGUCAGCGGAGGAAGAGACAGCCCUGAUCAAGGGCUACAGACUUUACGAAAGCUACGCAAACGUUUGGGUGCUCAUCAAAACGAAGUACCCUGAUGUGCUUCGAAAUCGGUCAAAUGUCGAUCUGAAAGACAAAUACCGCAACCUCGUGAGAUACGGCCGAAUCUCAGAUGGCAACGACAAUGUUGGUGUCACUGACAAUGAUGCGACCGAUGAUAACGCUGGUGCAGCUGACAAAAAUGAAACAAGUGAUGCAUAA